CCAGUCCUUCCAGUCCUGCCACUGUCCCGCCCAGAGGAGCCCGCAGAGUCCCCAGGCCCGGGGCCCUCCAGCUUUUCUGCGCCCCCAAACCCCGGCCCACCAUGGACCAAUGCUGGACGCCCCUCCUCCUCCUCUUCGUCCUCCCCCAACCCUGCUCCAGCAGGCCUCUCCGGACUGCAGGCGGUUCUGCGGGUGCAGCUGUGGACGGACUGGGCCUCCGCCCCCAAGAUGCCCAGGGUUCCUGUGCCUUUCGCUGCGGGGACCUCGUGGGAAACUGCUCCUGCCACACCACCUGCUCGGGCCUGGGCACCUGCUGCACCGACUUCCAGGAAUUCUGCCUGCAGAUCUCACCCUACUCGGGCUCGGUGAUGGGUGGAAAGGACUUCCAGAUCCUCCAUGUGGCCGCCAACAGCUCGGCGGAAAUCCGGUGCAGGUUCAACCACGGGGAGGUGGAAACCCGGGGCUCUGUGGACAACGGCGGAAACGUUCACUGCAUCUCCCCGCUGCUGUACGAGAGUGGCCGUAUCCCGUUUGAGCUGUCGGUGGACGGGGGACGGUCGUUCCCACGCUCGGGGACCUGGCUGGCAGUUCACCCCAGCAAGGUGGCAGCGGAAGAAAAGAGCGAGCUGGUGAACGAGACCAAGUGGCAGUACUAUGGCACUCCCGGGACGGGGGGCAACCUGACCCUGAUUUGGGCACCUCAGAUCCUCCAGGCCCCCAAGGUCAAUAUCGAGCUCUGGGGCUACCAGGAGACAGGGGCUCCGUACUCCGAGGCCUGGGAGGCCCACUGGACCUACCUGUACGACGUGGCCCGGGAGCUACCCAACAGCGGCGCCUUCACCUUCACCCCACUGCCCGCCGCCACGCAGCACCAGAGCUGGGAGGUGGGAGCCCUGCGUCUCUCAGCCCAUGGACACCCUGCCGGACAGAAGGACAUCCACGCAGUGUGGAGCAAUGAGCACGCCCUGGCCUGGCACCUGGGGGAAGACUUCCGGAGGGAUGCCGCCGCCUGGGCCACCAAAAAGUGCCUGGCAUGGGACAAGCAAGAGGACCAGCUGCCUGACUUCCUGAAGGAAAUUCCUGACUGCCCCUGCACCCUGGCCCAGGCCCGGGCCGACACUGGCCGCUUCCACACGGACUAUGGCUGUGACAUCGAGAAGGGCAGCGUGUGCACUUACCACCCCGGGGCCGUGCACUGUGUGAGAGGCGUGCAAGCCAGCCCCCGCUACGCCGCCGGCCAGCAAUGCUGUUACGACGCCUCGGGGACGCAAGUGCUGACCGGGGACUCGACCGGAGGGAGCACCCCGGACCGCGGCCACGACUGGGGCUCCCCGCCUUUCCGGAAGCCCCCGAGGGUGCCCGGCCUGUCCCACUGGCUCUACGACGUUAUCACCUUCUACUACUGCUGCCUGUGGUCCCCUAACUGCAACUACUACUUCAAGCGCCGGCCUUCCAGCGACUGCCGGACCUACCGCCCGCCCCGAGCCGCCUCGGGCUUUGGAGACCCGCACUUCCUGACCUUUGACGGGGCCAACUUCACCUUUAACGGCCUGGGGGAGUACGUGCUUCUGGAGUCCAACCUGACCAGCCUGAGCGUGCAGGGCAGGACCUGGCCAGCCCAGAUGCCCAAUGGAUCCGAGGCGCAGGCCACGGGCCUCUCAUCAGUGGCCAUGCGGGAGGGCAGCUCGGACGUGAUUGAGGUCCGCCACCUGGAGAGGACAGCCGGGCUGGAAGUGCUGCUGAACCAGGAGGUGCUGGACUUGUCGGAACAGAGCUGGAUGGACCUGAAAGGUCUCUUCCUGUCAUCAUCGGCCGCAGGCAGGAGCAUCAGGAACGUGUCGGUGAUGUUCGCCUCGGGAGCCGGGGUGGAGGUGCGGGGACCGGGAAGCCCCUGGGGGCUCAGCGUGGCCGUACUGCUGCCGGAGAGCUUCUGGGAUCGCACCUGGGGGCUCUUCGGGAGGCUCAACGGGGCCCCGGGGGACGACAUCGCCUUCCGCAACGGCACGGCCCUGCCUUCUGACGCUGACCCUUGGCAGCUGCUGGACUUCGGUGCUGACUGGGCUGUCCGCAACGAGACCUCCCUCUUUACGUACGACUCCCGGCGCCUGGUGGACACUUUCCUCCUGGGCCCGAAGCACAACUCGUCCUUCCUGCCGGUGCUCAUCCCCCACCCCGACCCCGGUGACCCCCUGACCCCCGAGGCGGCGGCCCUCUGCAGCGGAGAUCCUUUCUGCACCUUCGACGCCCUGGCCACCCGCAGCCUCAGCCUGGCCAACGCCACCAGGAUGGCCCAUCUGUGGCACCGGCAACUGGUGGGCAGCCUGAGUCCAGUGAUCUCCUGUGGCCGGCUCCCGCCCCCAAGCAACGGGAACAAGUCCGGGACCAACUACCUGGCCGGCUCAACCGUGCUCUUUACCUGCCAUCCGGGCUAUGUCCUGGCGGGGUCGGGGGAGCGGACCUGCCAACCCGACGGGACCUGGUCAGGAUCCCCGGCCCAGUGUGGGGCAGGCCAGAACCGGGCUGUCCUGCUGGGGGUCAUCUUUGGCCUUCUGGGCGCUGGGGCUGUGGUUGCCCUGAGCUUCCUGUUGUUUAAGAAAAGAUGCAGCGCAGUCUGAUGGAAAGAACUCCGGGCCUGGAAGUGGGAGGACCCGCGCUCUAAUCCCGGCUCUGCCACUUACCUGCAUGUGCGAUCUUGGGCCGGCCUCGUCCCAGGGCUACAGCAACGACUUUGGAGGAUCCCAGGUUUCUGGCCUAGGCCCUGCUGCGGUGGUCACUGUGGCAAUGGGACAAGAAGCUGUGAAAAUCCAGAGGAAGGAAAGCCCCUGAGGGGGGAUGAGAAGGAGCGGAGGAACUCUAGCAGGCCUGUCCAUUCUCCAUCCCCGGCUCCCGGCCCCCGGCCCAGGACCUCUUCUUCUCGGACUCGGCCGUGAGCCGCAGACUAAGAAGUCAGGGGGAUCCUCCUCGAGCCCGUCCAUUGCUGACUGGUCCUGGGCUGGGCUCUUAGCGAUGCUUAGAGAGGAAUCUGGGGCUCCCUGGUCCCCCAUUUCUCACCCUGCCCAGGGUGAGACCCAGGACCCAGCAGGGGUGGGGA